AAAAUGCAUUGGGUUCUUAAUACUUUGAUCCCAGUGGCUAUUCUAGUGGUGACAGCAAAUUGUAAUACUGUACGCGAACGAAAUCUCUUUGCCACGGAACUUUUUCAAACGGUGGCUAGUCAAAGUCAAGACAAAAAUGUCAUUAUUUCCCCAGUUGCUGUACAGACUGCUUUGGGUCUGCUCUACUACGGCGCCAAUGGCAACACAGCCAAGGAACUCCAAAAGGGUCUCCAUGCUACGGCUCACGAAAGCAAAGAAGGCUUAGCUCAGGGCUAUCAUACAUUGUUGCACUCGUUUAUAAAAUCGAAAACUGUACUCGAAAUCGCCAAUAAGAUUUACACCAAUGACAAAUUGAAAAUCUCUAACGAAUUUCGUCGUAUAGCUCAGGAGUACUUUGAUUCGGAUGCAGAAGCUUUAGAUUUCUCCAAUGAGACAUAUGCUGUGGAUACCAUCAAUCAUUGGGUGGUGGAAAAAUCAAAUGGUAAAAUAGAUCAUGUUAUUGAUUCUAUUGAUCCCGAUGUAAAUAUCGCCUUGAUGAAUGCCAUAUAUUUUAAGGCAAAAUGGGCUCGUCCCUUUAUGGAUGAGGAAACCUCUGACAGAGAUUUUUGGAUAAGCAACACGGAAUCCAUUAAGGUGCCAACCAUGUUUGCCGAUAACUGGUAUUAUUAUGCCGAUUAUCCUGAGCUGGACGCAAAAGCUCUGGAGUUAUUCUUCGAAAACAUUGAUCUUACCAUGUGGUUUAUUUUGCCCAACAAAAGAGAUGGUCUGCGCGAUUUGGAGGAGAAACUUAAAGGUGUAAACUUCAAAGAUCUGGAAGGUCUUUGGGAAUGGAAAAGUGUUAGUGUAUACUUGCCCAAAUUUGGUUUUGAAUUCGAUACUGAUCUGAAGCCGGUCCUACAAAAGCUUGGCAUCAACACCAUGUUCUCGAAUGCAGCCGACUUCACCAACAUAUUCCAUAAUCGUGCCGGCAACAUGCGCAUCUCCAAGGUCCAGCACAAAGCUUUCAUAGACGUCAACGAAAUCGGCUGUGAGGCGGCGGCUGCAAGUGUGGCUGUUGGCGUUCCAAUGUCAUUGCCUUUGGAUCCGAAGACAUUCGUGGCCAAUCAUCCUUUUGUUUUUAUAAUACGUGACAAGACCGCUGUCUAUUUUGCUGGCCAUAUUGUAAAAUUCUAAGACGACGAAUAA